GAAGGCCAUGUAGCCAGAGUUAUUCACACGAGUCCUGCCAACACAAUCAGCAAGAAAUCGACAGAGAUCUCGAUGACUGGCUCGGUAGGGGAAUCCAAGCACAAGAAGUUGAGGCUUUGCCGCACAUCUUCUCUACUGUCACUGUCAGAUUUGGGUUGUGUUUCCGAAGCAUGAGGUGUCCGAGGAGUGCACGGUUUAUCUCGGCGGGACAAAGCGGAGGGAGGAGCGGUUUGGGCAAUCUCGGUUCGGAGGGAGAACGGAGGAGAGGGUGGAGCUCCGCAUGGACAGAGUCGCUGGUGUGAGAGAGGAACACGCCUUCUACCACGUGAAGACCGAUGACUGCCUGGAUGAAGUCAUCAUCGAAGCCUCAGGCGUCAAACACCGAGUGCCCAGGGGGCAUGUAUCGUACAUCUGUGAGGACGAUAAUCAUUCCAUCGGCAUCAUUAUCGUCGGCUCCAUGAUUUCUGGCUCGUCGGGCGUCAUUGGAGACCUCGCGUUGCUGAAGACCUCUCAUCUGAGAUUUCGAGCGAAGCCGUGGACACCGAAAGAGGUUGUUCUCUUCCUCAUGGGUGCUGUGUUCAAGAUGGAGAGGGGCGUGAGCGUGAGUGCUUGGGAAAAGUGGCUUCGGCGCCAGCGUUGAGAUGGGCAGCGGUACACGGUGACCGACAAGAUCACGUCCUUCGACCCAGGAGAUGCGCAACUGAUGAGGCAAUUGCUGGCGCUUGACGGCAUCAGCAUCUUCCACAUACUGGCGGCCUUCCGCCCGCAGGC